ACGGAAAAUGGCCUGAUGUUUUUCUAUUCUUGGCGGCCUUCCAUAUUAUCCACCGUUCUCCCGCUUCUUGCAUGAGAUCUUCGGAACCCUUUCUCUUCUUUCCCUUUCGCUUCUUCCCAAACGCUUCCCUCCUUGUUGGUUUGUAGGUGCGCUGUUCGAUUCUUGCGUUGGCUGACAGGCGGCUGCGAUAGCAGGCUUCCACGCCGAUUUUACAUUCAUUUGACCGUCCUACUUGCCCAUUCCGUCAACGCAUCUUUUAUUCCAUGGCUUUUUGCCAGUUCAGCAGGAUCUGAAUUAGCUAUUAUUACUCCCGCUUUAACGUACCAAGGGUGGCGAUACUAGAAUAUAAUCAAGAAAUCUAAUAAGAGGAGGUAUUUGGUGGUGUUGGAUUAGGAGAACUGUGGAAAAAUAUUUUGGCAUUUUGAAGACUCGGUCAACACCUCAACGUACGAAGCUAUCGCAUAUACGACCCACGAACGAGACACUGCAGAACAUUUUUGGUCGAGAUGGAUUGGAACGCUCAAUAUGGUGGUGAGAAGCCAUCGGAGAGGUCAAGAUGGACGCCCUUGACGAGAAUGUUGCUGUCGGGUGAGAUGACACAGGAACGACAAAAGGAAUUGACGAUGCGCGAAAAAUUCGAUAAGUGGAUGAUCAACGAAGGAUACCGAAGAUUUUUCGUAUUUGUUUUCAUGGCUCUCCAUGCUUUGGUCUUUGCCUUCGGAUUCGUCAAUUACGCUGUCAAAGAUAGCCUUCAAGGAGCAAGAACUGUCCUCGGGCCAACCUACAUGAUCGCAAGAUCAGCAGCACUGGUGCUUCACGUGGAUGUGGCCUUAAUUCUACUGCCCGUCUGCAGAACAUUUAUCUCGAUUGCGAGACAAACACCUCUUAACGGCAUUAUCCAGUUCGACAAGAACAUUACCUUCCACAUCACUACAGCCUGGUCCAUCUUCUUCUUCUCAUGGGUACAUACGAUAGCCCAUUGGAACAACUUGGCCCAGGUUGCCGCUCAGAACAACCUAGGAUUCUAUGGAUUCUUGGUCGCUAAUCUGGUGACGGGUCCGGGCUGGACAGGAUAUGUCAUGCUGAUUGCGCUCACGGGAAUGGUCAUGACUUCUUACGAGAAGCCCAGACGAGCAAAUUACGAGCGAUUCUGGUACACGCAUCACUUGUUUAUCGUCUUCUUCUUUUUCUGGUCCUUCCAUGGCGCUUUCUGCAUGGUUCAACCCGACUUCGCACCCUUCUGCGUCUCGAUUGGUAGCUCUGCCAUUGGUGUCUUCUGGCAGUACUGGAUGGUUGGGGGGUUCACAUACCUGGCUGAGCGAAUUGCGCGUGAAUUACGUGGACGCCACAAGACUUACAUAUCGAAGGUCAUCCAGCAUCCGAGUAACGUGUGCGAAAUCCAAAUCAAGAAGGAAAACACCAAGACCAAAGCUGGACAGUAUAUUUUCUUUUGCUGCCCGGAAGUAUCAUUAUGGCAAUACCACCCUUUUACUCUGACAAGCGCUCCCGAAGAGGAUUACAUCUCGAUUCAUAUGAGAGUGGUUGGAGACUUCACCAGGUCUGUUUCUACGGCUCUCGGCUGCGACUUUGGAAAGAAGGAAAGCAAGGAUUCUUCAAAGGUUGUGGGAGUCGACGAUCAAAAUAACGAGGUGGAUCCUGCGCUCAAGCGUGUGCUGCCGCGUGUCUAUGUGGACGGGCCGUUUGGAUCUGCGUCAGAGGAUGUGUUCAAAUAUGAGGUCUCGGUUCUCUGCGGUGCUGGUAUUGGUGUCACACCGUUCGCAUCGAUUCUGAAGUCGAUCUGGUAUCGCAUGAAUUACCCCCAGAAGAAGACGCGACUUGCGAAGGUGUACUUUUUCUGGAUCUGCAGAGAUUUCGGCUCCUUCGAGUGGUUCCGCUCCCUUCUCAUGGCCAUCGAAGCCCAAGAUGUCGACAACCGAAUCGAGAUUCACACGUAUCUCACGGCGAAGAUAAAGGCCGAUGAUGCGACAAACAUCAUGAUUAACGAUGCCAACGCCGACAAGGACACCAUUACCGGAUUGCGAAGUCCGACGAAUUUCGGACGACCGAACUGGGAUAUGAUCUUCCGAGGUAUCCGAAAACUACAUGCGCCUGCCGAGGCGGGUGUGUUCUUCUGUGGACCAAAGGGUCUGGGUAGCGCGCUACACGUUUUCUGUAACAAAUACAGUGAGCCUGGUUUCUCCUUUGUUUGGGGCAAGGAAAACUUUUAAUCUUGCGGAUCAUGUUCAAGAACUGGUCAACAUGUUAUCAGGACACCCCCAAGCAUUUACCCCACUACUGGCGCCGGCGCAGACGACUGUAUUUGUGUGCUAAUCAGCCUCGUUCGUAACCAAUUCCGGGUCCCUUCAACCCUGGGAUACUAUGGAAUGAAUUGAAUUAAUAUAUACCUCAAGUUUCGGACUAUGUUGGACUAUAUCGCAGGUGUCCCCCUGCCGGCAGCGAACAACUCCACGAUGUUUAGGGGAGGAAAAGAUGGAUAAACACGGAGCUGCAUCAUAUAUAAAAACCGUAGAUAUUGAUUACCAUAUACCAUUGUACCUAUUUCACUUAAAUCUGCGAUAUCUUUAACGCUUAGACUUCAAUCUUUUCUAGCUAUGUCAGAGACUUUCUUGACGGUGGUGUCCUAUCAGCCACAGUGCCUUUUACCCCUUUCUGCUAGUAUCUAGAUAUCAAC